AUGAGGCAGCGUGAGCUAGAGUUUUCUGUUGGGGACAAAGUGUUCUUAAAAGUGUCUACGAUGAAGGGAGUAAUACGGUUUGGUAAAAAGGCGAAGCUUAGUCCUCGUUUCAUUGGUCCUUAUGAGAUUGUUAAAAAGAUUAGGACAGUGGCUUAUGAGUUGAAGUUGCCCCCCGAUAUGGCCGUGGUGCAUCCUCUGUUUCACAUCUCGAUGUUGAGGUUGUACAAACUUGAUCCUUCCUAUGUAUUGAAUCAUGAAGAGAUUGAAAUCAAUGAAGGGCUAUCUUAUGAGGAGGAACCAGUUCAGAUUCUAGAUCGUCAAGUUAGAAAGUUGAGGACGAAGGAUGUGGCAUCGGUUAAGGUUUUGUGGCGAAACCAUGAUACUGAGGAAGCUACUUUGGAAGCAGAGGAGGACAUGAAGAAGAUAUCAUCACUUGUCCCCUAUGAUAGGUAUGAGCUAGUGUUUUAA